UCGGGAGGUGGAGGUUUUGGUGAGCCAAGAUUGUUCCAUUGCACUCCAGCCUGGGCAACAAGAUGGGCAACAACUGUGAAACUCUGUCUCAAAAAAAAAAAAAGGAACAGAGAAUGUUCAUUUAGAAAGAAGAUGUCGCCACAGGUGGCGGGGGAGGGAAGCAAAGGGUUAAAAAACUAACUGCUGGGGAGAGAGCAGAACCACUGCUGGGAGGCAGUGGGAGCUCUUUCACCAUGGCUGCCGGGCGAUCUCCAAGUGGAACCAGGUUGCCACCGUGUACUUGGGGGACCUGGAUGAGAAGGUUAGUGAACCGCUCGCUGCUGUGGGAACUGUUUCUCCAGGCUGGACCAGAAGUCAACACCCACAUGCCAAAGGAUAGAGUCACUGGCCAGCACCAAGGCUAUGGCUUUGUGGAAUUCUUGAGUGAGGAAGAUGCUGACUAUGCCAUUAAGAUCAUGAACAUGAUCAAACUCUAUGGGAAGCCAAUACGGGAGAACAAGGCAUCAGCUCACAACAAAAACCUGGAUGCAGGGGCCAACAUUUUCAUUGGCAACCUGGACCCUGAGAUUGAUGAGAAGUUGCUUUAUGAUACUUUCAGCGCCUUUGGGGUCAUCUUACAAGCCCCUAAGAUUAUGCGGGACCCUGACACAGGCAACUCCAAAGAUUAUGCCUUUAUUAAUUUUGUUUCAUUUGAUGCUGCGGAUGUAGCAAUUGAAGCUGUGAAUGGGCAGUACCUCUAUAACUGCCCUAUCACCAUGUCUUAUACCUUCAAGAAGGACUCCAAGGGUGAGCACCAUGGCUCAGCAGCCGAACGACUUUUGGCAGCUCAGAACCCACUCUCCCAGGCUGACCACCCUCAUCAGCUGUUUGCAGAUGCACCUUCUCCACCCUCUGCCCCCAAUCCUGUGGUAUCAUCAUUGGGGUCUGGGCUUCCUCCACGAGGCAUGCCUCCUCCUGGCUCCUUCCCACUCCCAGUGCCGCCUCCUGGAGCCCUCCCACCUGGGAUACCCCCAGCCAUGCCCCCACCACCUAUGCCUCCUGGGGCUGCAGGACAUGGGCCCCCAUCAGCAGGAACCGCAGGGGCAGGACAUCCUGAUCAUGGACACUCACAUCCUCAUCCAUUCCCACCAGGUGGGAUGCCCUAUCCAGGGAUGUCUCAGAUGCAGCUGGCACACCAUGGCCCUUAUGGCUUAGGACAUCCUCAUGCUGGAUGCCCACGCUCUGGGGGGCAGCCACCGCCCCGAUCACAACCUGGAAUGCCUCAUCCUGGACCUCCUCCAAUGAACAUGCCCCCCCCCCGAGUGCCUCCAUUCAGAGCUCCCAUGGGUCACCCAGGUCCUAUGCCUCCACAUGGUAUGCGUAGACCUCCUCCACUGAUGCCCCCUCAUGGAUACACUGGCCCUCCAUGACCAGCACCCUAUGGCUACCAACAGGGGUCCCUCCCUCCACCCAGACCCACUCCCCGGCCACCAGAUCCCCCUCGAGGCCUGCUUUGGGGCCCUCUAACUCAGUAAAUUCACAUUUUCCUUCCUCCUGUUACAUCUUCCCAAUAUCUUUUCGAUUCCCUGGACCAAUCAGAGAUGCUGCAGCUCCUUGGGGCUAAGGCACUAAUCCCUUUCACCACCCCACCCCAUUCCCCUUUUUAAUGUAACUUUUUCCACAGGAGGUAUUACUUUUUUAUGUUGGUCCUGAGUAUUUUGCAGAUGGACAGAGAAAAUAAAACUAAAUUCCUGGUUUAAAAAUAAAUAAAUAACUGUUGGUACUAUGCUUAAUGCCUGGGUGACAGGAUCAUUUGUACCCCAAACUCAGUAUCAUGCAAUAUACCCAGGUAACAAAUCUGCAUGCAUAUUCCUAAAUCUAAACCAAAGUUGAAAAAGAAAAAAAAUAUAUAUAUAUAUAUACACACACAUAUAUAUAUACACACAUAUAUAUAUAAUAAGUUAAAAUUAAUUUUAAUUUCUAAUGGAUCAUCUGGGAACCUUCUAACUUGAAUAUCUAAUUUUUUUUCAAAUGAGUAGAACUAAAUUCAGUGAAAUAACAUUUAUUUUGUUUUCUUUUCUUUGAAAUUUGCAUUUUAUAAAAAUAAAAAUUACUACAUCCAGGAAAGACUAUAUGUUGCCAUAAAACUACAAUUCUCUCCAUGUGUCUGAAGUGCCCUAAUAGAGAAGAAAGAUGAGCCUUGUUUAGUGUGACCCUGAGGUCAGUAUUAUGGCCUCAAGGUAGUAGCAACAUGCAGGCAGAAUUCAGCUCAAUCUCAAAUAAUUUUUUAUGUGGUUGUCGAUUUAAAACCAUCAGAGCUACCUGGUAAUAGGAGGAGCUCCCUAUCUCCUCCUAUUUAGUUAUAGGUGUUUAGUUAUAGCCUGGAGGGAGUAUUGUAGGUGAAGUUCAAGUACUACAUAAGUAAUUGAACCACAAAAUCCAAUCUGAUUGCAUAUAAGAAUUAUCCAGGCCAGGUGCAAUGGCUCUUGCCUAUAAUCCCAGCACUUUGGGAAGCCAAGGUGGAUGGAAUGCUUGAGCCCAAGAGUUCAAGACGAGCCUGGGCAACAUGAUGAAACCCAUCUCUACAAA